CCGAUCUGUGUUUUCCAGUCACCCAUCCGUGAUUUUCGGUGACUGAUCUGACGAUUUGUGGUCACCGAUCCGUGGCGACCGAUCCGACCACCUUACCUGCAGAUCCGACCCUCACCCAUUUUUUCCGUGGUUUCUUUCAGAUUAUCUGUGGUUAUCUUCAGGGUGAUGGUAAGGUGUGAGAUUGGGAGUUGUGUUGCUAGAAAUGCAGCUGCGCCCAAUGUUCUCUUGUAGGUCGGCGCAUGCCUUUGGCACCGGCUGCCUUACGUGGGCUGCGCGGGAUUGUGAUUGGGACAGGCAGCGCGAAUUCCGGUGCACGGCGCCCCAUCUGGGAGUUCUGGAACAAUCGCUGGCUUCGGAGGGCACUGCGCGCUUCGCGCAUUGGGGCGCUCUCAGUGUCCAUCUUCGGCGUGGGCUACACCACCGGCGUCUCGGACGUCUUGGCCGAUCCACAGGACUUCCGCCAGAAGAAGGCGACGGCCUUGCUGAAAUCGAUGAACGCCACCGACGCGGAGGGUCACGUGAGGCUUUGUGAGGAUCAUUCGGAGGAGGUGAAGGCCGUGAAGCGGGUGCUUCCGCGCUUGCUGCGCGCCGCCCGGGCCCAGGUGGAUGCCUUGGCAGAAGAGAUUUUUCAAGCCAUCCAACAAGGCGAAGCCACACGCAGCCAAGAGAAGGACUUGGAGACCUUGCAACGGGCGCAGAAGCGUUUGCAGGGGUGGUCGGACCAUGGAUUCCUGGUGGUGGACGUGAACACUCCCAACGCCUUCGUCACUCCGAUGUUGCCGCGGAUGGUCUUCGUGCACCGGGGCAUCUUCUGGGUCGAUGGCUUAGCGCGACCAGAGGGGCUGCAGGUGGGGAAGGAAGUCUAUGUCCGUCGUGAUGGCUGGCAGCGGGCGAAGCUGGUCUCCCAGCACCAGGAUCAAUGGGCCGCCAUCUUGGGUGAUUCCGAGACGGUCACCGUUGGGCCCGAGGAUAUGAGAGUUCGCGAGCGGAGGCAAUUGGUGGAGAACGAUGAACAGUUGGCGAUGCUUUUGGGUCACGAGCUGGCACAUGCGGUCCACGACCACGGCUACGAGAGCUUGGGGAUUUGGACCACGGCCUACUCGUUGGAGUUGGUGUUGCUGAGUAUCCUGGACCCAUCGGGGAUGUUCAUCUUCUUGCUGGAGCUGGCAGCGGGCGCCAUCGCCAGGUAUGCCUUUGUGCUGCCUUUGGGUCGCUGCGAUGAAAUGGAGGCGGACGCCACUGGACUGCAGAUCUGUGCACGUGCGGGCUACGACCCGCGCUUGGCCACCGAGUUCAUGGAACGCUUCGCCUCGUUCCAGGAUGACCGGAGCCCCACCUGGGCUUCCACGCAUCCGUCCACCGAGGGAAGAAUCAAAGCACUCAAAGAUGCAGAAGCCGAUGCGAUCAAGUGCUUUCAAGAGCACCAGGCCGCUCGCCGCUGGCUGUGAAGGAAAAAACAAGUUGCAGGUUCGGAAAGGAGGAUGUCGCACCACUGGAAGUUGUUGGACAUGAAGAUGGACUUUGCAGGAGACUCCGAACGAGCGCGCAUCGGACACCUGAGCUCCUCCGGUCCGCGAGCGGCUCGUCCGAGUCGAGUCUGAGUCGCCGCCGUGCGACGUGCGAGCAGUUGAACCGGUGGCCGGGGGAGGAAGCAUCAAGGCAAACAUGUGGUAAGCACUCCCAAC